GGGGGGGGGGGGCGGCGGCGGCGGCGGCUCCAAGAUGGCCGCGGUGUCGGUGUUCCCCGGCGUGCGGCUCCUCACCAUCGGGGACGCCAACGGCGAGAUCCAGCGGCACCAGGAGCAGCAGCCGCUGCGCCUCGAGGUCCGCACCGGCCCCGACAGCGCCGGCCUGGCGCUCUACGGCCAUGAAGACGUCUGCGUGUUCAAGUGCUCCGUGUCCCGCGAGACCGAGUGCAGCCGCGUGGGCAAACAGUCCUUCAUCAUCACGCUGGGCUGCAACAGCGUCCUCAUCCAGUUCGCCACCCCCAACGAUUUCUGUUCCUUUUAUAACAUCCUGAAAAACUGCCGGGGCCACAACACAGAGCGCUCGGUCUUCAGCGAGCGGACGGAGGAAUCCUCGGCCGUGCAGUACUUCCAGUUCUACGGGUACCUGUCCCAGCAGCAGAACAUGAUGCAGGACUACGUCCGGACGGGCACCUACCAGCGAGCCAUCCUGCAGAACCACAGUGACUUCAAAGACAAGAUCGUCCUGGACGUCGGCUGCGGCUCCGGCAUCCUCUCCUUCUUCGCGGCACAGGCCGGGGCGAGGAAGAUCUAUGCGGUGGAAGCCAGCACCAUGGCCCAGCACGCGGAGGUACUGGUGAAGAGCAACAACCUGACGGACCGGAUCGUGGUGAUUCCGGGGAAGGUGGAGGAGGUCUCGCUGCCCGAGCAGGUGGACAUCAUCAUCUCGGAGCCCAUGGGCUACAUGCUCUUCAACGAGCGGAUGCUGGAGAGUUACCUCCACGCCAAGAAGUACCUGAAACCCAGCGGGAACAUGUUCCCGACGAUCGGCGACGUCCACUUGGCCCCGUUCACGGACGAGCAGCUCUAUAUGGAGCAGUUCACCAAGGCCAAUUUCUGGUACCAGCCAUCCUUCCACGGCGUCGACCUCUCUGCGCUCCGAGGGGCGGCCGUGGAUGAGUAUUUCAGGCAGCCCGUGGUGGACACCUUCGAUAUCAGGAUCUUAAUGGCCAAAUCAGUCAAAUACACCGUGAACUUCUUAGAAGCCAAGGAAGGCGAUUUGCACAGGAUAGAAAUCCCCUUCAAGUUCCACAUGCUGCAUUCGGGGCUGGUCCACGGCUUGGCAUUCUGGUUCGACGUAGCCUUCAUCGGCUCCAUAAUGACGGUGUGGCUCUCGACAGCCCCCACCGAGCCGCUGACCCACUGGUACCAGGUCCGCUGCCUGUUCCAGUCCCCGCUCUUCGCCAAAGCCGGCGACACGCUCUCAGGGACUUGCCUCCUCAUCGCCAACAAGAGACAGAGCUACGACAUCAGCAUCGUGGCUCAGGUAGACCAGACCGGCUCCAAGUCCAGCAACCUCCUCGACCUGAAAAACCCCUUCUUCAGGUACACGGGGACGACCCCCUCGCCCCCCCCCGGCUCCCACUACACGUCCCCCUCGGAGAACAUGUGGAACACGGGCAGCACCUACAACAUGAGCACCGGGAUGGCCGUGGCCGGCAUGCCCGCGGCGUACGACCUCAGCAGCGUUAUCGCCGGCGGCUCCAAUGUCGGCCACAACAACCUGAUCCCUUUAGGUGAGUGUGGGGCUGGGGGGGGGGGACGGACCCCCACACCCGUUGGGGGUCACAGCAGCCCCCCCAACCUCACCCCUGCUCCCCCCCCCUCUCCCUCCGCAGCCAACAGCAUCGUGAACCACACUCACUCCAGGAUGGGCUCCAUCAUGAGCACGGGCAUCGUCCAAGGCUCCUCCAGCGGCCAGAGCGGCGGCGGCUCCAGCACCCACUACCCCCUCAACAGCCAGUUCACCAUGGGGGGUCCCGCCAUCUCCAUGGCCUCCCCCAUGUCCAUCACCACCAACACGAUGCAUUACGGGAGCUAAGGGGCUCCCCCGGGACUGCCAGCGCCAGGAAAACCAAAUGAAGAGCACCCGCCGCCCCCCCUGCCCGCCCCCCCCCGGCCCGGGGGGCCGCCCAGGAGGAUUUUUUUGGACCCUCCUGUGAUAGACGAAGCCGCCCAGCCCGCGCUCCGCUCGCCGACGCCGGACCCGGAUGGGGGUUUUUGGGAUUUCUUUUGUUGGGGUUUUUUUUUUUUUUUGGGUGGGGGUGGGUUUUGUUUGGUUGUUGGUUUUUUGUUUUGGUUUUUUUUUUUUAACGAAUGGCCGGAGCCACCGGCUCCCACGACGCAUGGGUGCCGUCUUCCAUAACCGCCCUGCGAGGGGUGGGGGGCAAAAUGCCGCAGGGGGAAGGCUUGAAUGUACCGAAAGCUCCUCUUUUGGCCCCGUUCCUGCCCGCUGGAGCAGGCAGCGUGGGCAGCGCGGGCAGGGCCGAACCCCCUUCCGGAAGGCUCCCUGGCACGGCGGCGCGUUUGGCGUCGGUUCGCGUCCCCGCACUCGGCGCCCGAACUCUCCUCUCUCCUGUUUUCCUCUCGAGGGGUGCGGCGGCGGGGGGGGGGGGAGACCCCCUGUGCCGGGGAAGGGCUGGGGGCGGGCGGCCCCUUGCCGGGCUGUCGCAUAGGAAUAGCGGAUCUGCUGUUUUUUUUCGGCUGUAGUACUGAAUAAACGGGAGGGUUUCGAAGGA